UGCUUUCCAUUCUUCGAAUUUACUGCACAUCAAUGUGUAUCAAGCAGAGUCUCUUCACAUUGCCUUUGGUGACCUGUAUUAUGGCUGCCGUCCUAGGAUCUCUCCAGGUUGGGUACCACUCAGGCAACAUUAACUCACCUGAAAAGAUAAUUGAAAUUUUCUUUAAUGAAACAUGGAAAAUGCGGUACAACCGUUCACUAUCAGAGCCCAGCUUUUCCCUGUUGUGGUCUGUCACAAUCAGCAUUAAAGAUUUUGGAGGAAUGAUUGGAGCGCUAGGAGUCAAAGUUUUUGCAGACACUUAUGGAAGAAGGAAUUCUAUUCUUGUGGCCAACGGCAUAUCCAUUCUGAGCACGUGUUUGAUGUCUUUGUCCCACCUCUGCAAAUCAUUUGAGUUGCUCAUUUUAGGUCGAUUAAUCUUUGGACUAUUCUGUGGUCUAAUAAUGAGCCUGAACCCUCUCUACAUUCAGGAGAUUUCCCCCAGAUCAAUGCGGGGAGCUUGUGCGACUGUUAACCAGGCCUUAUAUUCCAUUGGUAUUUUAUUGGGCAUGUUAAUGAGUCUGGACACAGUUCUGGGCACAGAUGAUUACUGGCCAUUAAUGCUUUCACUGUCCUUGAUACCGGCAUUCCUCCAAUACCUUUGCUUACCCUUCUGUCCAGAAAGCCCUCGUUAUCUGAUUAUUAAUCAAGGGAAAGUAGAAGAGGCCAAAAAGGUCCUACAAACCCUUCGAGGACCUUUGAGGGAUACAUCUAGUGAGAUUACAGAGAUCCAAGAUGAGGCAAUUAAUAUUCAGUCAAAGGUCACCGUCAAGGCAUUUCUAACUAGACGAAGCUACAGGAUGCCAAUCCUAAUUCUCAUUGUUAUUAAUUUAGCUGUGCAUAUGUCUGGGUUCAACAUAAUAGUAAAUUAUUCAACUAGUAUAUUCAGAGCCUCUGGUCUUCCACAUUCUCAAUCACUUACCCUUGGAGUUGGUGCAAUCAAUACUUUCUUCACCAUUGUCUCUGCAUCCUUAAUGGAACGAGCAGGACGCCGGAAAUUACUCCUGGUUGGCUUUGCUGUUAAAAUAUUGUGUAAUGUGUUGCUAACUAUCACAACUUCUUUGAGCACCAUCCCUGGAAUGCCUAUUGUACAAGUUGUGGCUGUUUUCGGUCUGGUAUCAGCUUUUGAACUUGGACCUGGCCCAAUAUCUUGGUUUAUUUCUGCGGAACUUUUUGAUCAGGCUGCUCGACCAUUUGCAAUGUCUCUGAAUAGCUUGCUAAACUGGGGAGGAAAAUUCCUGUCCGCUCUACUUUACACACCACUACUGAUGGUGAUUGGACCCUACGUUUACACUAUAUAUGCUGGGAUUCUGAUUGCUGCAUUUGUUUUUGCAUUUUUGCACCUACCAGAAACUAAGGGCCGCACAUUUGAUGAAAUUUCUUCAGAGUUCCGCAAAGCUGAUGGCAUCUUGUUGGAUGUGAAAAAUGGAUUUAAGACUUUUCAAUGAAAUA